AUGAGCAGCAGAAAUGUCGACAUUCGUAUAGCUGCUGGUAAGUACAGACUUGGUGGAAAGAUUGGUAGUGGUUCUUUUGGAGAAAUUUAUCUUGGCACCAACGUUCAAACUAACGAAGAAGUUGCAAUAAAACUCGAGCGUGUUGAUUCACGCCACCCUCAGCUUCUCUAUGAAUCAAAACUAUAUCGUCUCUUACAAGGUGGCGUAGGGAUCCCAAAUAUUCACUGAUAUGGUGUAGAAGGCGAGUACAAUAUAAUGGUGCUGGAUUUAUUAGGCCCUUCGCUAGAGGAUUUGUUUUCAAUGUGCAACCGUAGGUUUUCUAUGAAGACAGUAUUGAUGUUGGCAGAUCAAAUGAUUUCUCGAGUAGAAUUUUUCCAUGCUAAUUCCCCCCCUCCGUAAGCGAAUAAAACCAUUGGAAAAAUCCUUAUUUUGCGCAAAAACUCGCCCUCCGUGAGCGAAUAAUGAUUUUUUUAACAUAAACAUAUUUCGAUAUAUAAAUGAUAAUUAGUAUAACGAAAUCUUUAGCUAAUUCUGUUGAAUUUUUUUGGAACAGCUUGCAUUUUAAAACAUAAAUUUUACAAAUUAAAUUAAGUUUUACUUCUCAAUUUUUAUGAAAAUGGAUAUUUUAAAUUUCGAAAAAAAAUUUAAUAUAAAAUUUAUAUAUAAAUUUUAAAAAAAAAUAUAAUCCCUCAGUGUUGAACAAAAUUUUUUUGUUCACUCACAAAGGGAGUAAGAAUUUUCUGCACAGAGAUAUCAAGCCAGACAACUUUUUGAUUGGUCUUGGGAAAAGAGCAAAUCAAAUAUUUAUAAUAGACUUCGGCUUAGCCAAAAAAUAUCGAGACCCGAAAACCCAACAACACAUCCCUUACCGAGAAGGCAAAAGUUUAACAGGCACAGCAAGAUAUGCAGCAGUCAACACUCACAUGGGCAUUGAGCAGUCUAGGCGAGACGACAUUGAAGGUCUUGGCUUUGUUUUUAUGUAUUUUCUCCGAGGAAGUCUCCCAUGGAUGGGAAUUCGAGCUCAUUCAAAAAAAGAAAAAUAUGAUUUAAUCAUGCAGCGCAAGCUGGAUACUAGAAAUGAAGUCCUCUGCCAAGGGUUUCCUCAGGAGUUUUUUACAUAUAUGAAUUACGCAAGAGGGCUAAGAUUUGAAGAAAGACCUGAUUAUGCAUAUUUGAAAAGGAUGUUCAAAGACUUGUUUUUUAGGGAAAAUUAUCAGUAUGAUUUUAUGAUGUUUUAUAAUAAAUUGAGUAGUGUAUAAAUGGAGGGAUAUUUUAAUGACUAGUUUAAGGAAAAUAUUAUAUUUAUGAUUGGACUAUUUUGAACUUUGUAAACGCUAUUUAGAAUAAAAAUUCAAGAAAUGAGGAAAGAACAAAAGAAAGAGAAAAUAAUGUGGAAGAUGAAAAAAUACCAGAGCCUCAACAACAAAAUGAAGAGGUUAAACCUCAGCAAAGGCGACGAUUGUAA